AUGCGGUGGCUCAUCACGGGCGAUUUCAACCUCAUCUAUAGAGCUGCAGACAAAAACAACAGGAACCUAAGCCCACGCCUAAUGCUCCACUUCCGUGAGGCGCUAGAUGAGUGUGAUCUGUCUGAAAUUAGCCUUCAGAACAGAAAAUUCACUUGGAGAAAUGAGAGGCAACGACCCACAAUGUCAAGACUCGACUGCUUUUUCUGUAACGCAGAAUGGGACGCUACCUUCAGCAACCACAUCCUGAAUGCGUUGUCAACAUCACUCUCCGACCAUUGCCCUCUGCUGCUAUCCAACCAAUCGGGACCUAGAAGGCCAAGCUCGUUCAAGUUUGAAAAUUAUUGGGUCAAACUCCCAGGAUUCAAAGAUGUAGUCAGGACUGCAUGGGAUACUCCAACGGACCACCAUGAGCCGUUUCAUGUCCUGUGCCACAAACUGCAUUCUACUUCGCAAAAACUGAAAGCAUGGAGCAAGGAAAUCAACUCUGACGCCAAAAAACUUUUCUUCAUGGCGCAAGAGAUUAUCCUAAGGCUCCAUAUCGCCGAAGAAAAUAGAAGUCUCACGGCCGCUGAGCUGCUUCUACGGGCUAAGCUCAAGAUAAGAAUUUUGGGGCUAGCAGUGAUCGAAAGAGCUAGAUGUAAACAAGCCUCGAGACUGUCGUCCAUCAAGCUGGGCGAUGCUAACACAAAAUAUUUUCACCGUAAAGUAAAUGCAAGGAGAAGGAAAAACCACAUCCAAAGAUUGUGA